CCGGCUUCGCCUUUUGUUAUUGUAGCGGCGCGGGCGGCGGAGGGUCCAGCCAUGUCGCUGGCGGCGCCCAGCAGCAGCGAUGCCUGCCUGAGCAUCGUGCACAGCCUGCUGUGCCACCGGCAGGGUGGUGAGAAUGAGACCUUCGCCAAGCGUGCCAUUGAGAGCCUGGUCAAGAAGCUGAAGGAGAAGAAGGACGAGCUGGACUCGCUCAUCACAGCUGUCACCACUGGCGGGGCCCACCCCAGCAAGUGUGUCACCAUCCAGCGCACCCUGGACGGCCGCCUGCAGGUGGCCGGGCGCAAAGGCUUCCCGCAUGUGAUCUACGCCCGGCUCUGGCGCUGGCCUGAUCUGCACAAGAACGAGCUGCGGCACCUCAAGUGCUGCCACUUCGGCUUCGACCUCAAGUACGACAGCGUCUGCGUGAACCCCUACCACUACCAGCGCCUCGCUGCGCCAGGCGCCGUGCCCCCCGCCCGCCUGGUGAAGGAGGAGCUGCCCCAUGACUGUGUGCAGAUGGAGGUGCCCCUGGGGGGCUGCGGAGCACCCCCCGAUCCCAAGCCCCGCGGGGGCCCGCCCAGUGAAGCCUACGGACCCCCGCUGCCCCCCCUGCAUCUACCCGAGCCCCCCUGUGCCCCCCUGAACCUCUACCCCACGCUGCCCAUGUCACCCCCGGCUGUGGCCCCUGGCCCCCCGCUUCUGCGCCUGCCCCCCGGCCCUGGCCUGCUGCAAGUGGCGCCCCCAGCCCCGGUCCCCCCCCCGCACAACGGCUGCCUGCCGCACCCCCCGCCACCGUGCCACAACACGACUGCCAGCUGGACAGGGAACACGGCCACCUAUACCCCCAGCCUGGGAGGGCAGCCACCGCCACAGCCCCCGCCGCCACAGCCCCCACCGCCGCCGCCCCGAGAACGGAGCCACCCGCAGCCCCCACUGCACCACCCUAACCACUGCUGGCCCCCGCACCACGGCACAACGCCAUACCCACAGCCUGUCUCCAGCCACCCAGGCCCUGAGUUCUGGUGCUCCAUCGCCUACUUUGAGAUGGAUGUGCAGGUCGGGGAGAUCUUCAAGGUGCCAUCCAGCUGCCCCGUGGUCACCGUGGAUGGCUAUGUGGACCCCUCAGGUGGCGACCGCUUCUGCCUGGGGCAGCUCUCCAAUGUGCACCGCACUGAUGCCAGCGAGCGUGCCAGGCUGCACAUCGGCAAGGGGGUGCAGCUGGAGUGCCGGGGCGAGGGCGACGUGUGGAUGCGCUGUCUGAGCGACCACGCCGUCUUCGUGCAGAGCUACUACCUGGACCGUGAGGCUGGGCGCGCGCCUGGUGAUGCUGUGCACAAGAUCUACCCCGGCGCCUACAUCAAGGUGUUCGACCUGCGGCAGUGCCACCGGCAGAUGCAGCAGCAAGCGGCCACAGCACAGGCAGCAGCUGCUGCUCAGGCGGCCGCUGUGGCUGGCAGUAUCCCAGGGCCCGGCUCCGUGGGCGGCAUCGCACCAGCAGUCGGGCUCUCGGCAGCAGCCGGUAUCGGAGUAGAUGACUUGCGGCGCCUCUGCAUCCUGCGCCUGAGCUUCGUGAAGGGCUGGGGCCCCGACUACCCACGCCAGAGCAUCACGCACACACCGUGCUGGAUCGAGCUGCACCUGCACCGUGCACUGCAGCUGCUGGAUGAGGUGCUGCACACCAUGCCUGUGGCCGAGCCUGCACCCGUCAACUAGCCCCGUGCCAUGGUGGGCCCCUGGGCCUUCGUCCCAAUUGUACGGAAAAGCCAAAUAGCGG